CCCACCCUUCCCUCCCAUACAGGAAGCUGCAUUUCUAACAAGCUAGCUGUCAACAAAGGCUAAAAGUGAGCGGAAGAAAACAACAACAAACCCAAGCAAAAGUCGGCGUGAUAGCCGACUGUUGAUUGGUUGUCUUAAAACGUUAUUUUCCUUGUCUGUCCGGGGAACAGUGACCAUGGCGACCACCGCACAGCUGUUCGAGGAGCCUUUCGACGCGGAUGAGUAUAUCGAGAGGCUGGCGUGGAGGAUUCCAGGAGGAGGCUCUAAAGGAGGAGCUGAGGCAUUUGACCCCAAAAGGCUCUUGGAUGAAUUUAAGUACCACAUCGAGGAGCUGAAGCAACUGGAUGAGAAGAUCCAGCGGAAGGUGGAGAAGCUCGAGCACCAGUGUCACCGUGAAGCAAAGGAGUUUGCCCACAAAGUGCAAGACUUGCAAAGAAGCAACCAGGUGGCCUUUCAGCAUUUCCAAGAGCUCGACGAGCACAUCAGCUACGUGGCCACCAAGGUGUGUCACCUGGGCGACCAGCUGGAAGGCGUGAACACGCCUCGCCAAAGGGCCGUGGAAGCCCAGCGGCUCAUGACCUACUUCAACGAGUUCUUGGACGGAGACCUCCGCAGCGAUGUCUUUAAUAACCCAGACAAGAUUAAGGAGGCUGCUGAUAUCAUUCAGAAGCUGCAUCUCAUUGCCCAGGAGCUGCCAUUCGACAGGUUUGCAGAUGUCAAGGCAAAAAUAGCAAGUAAAUACCACGACCUGGAGCGGCAGUUGAUCCAGGAGUUCACUGCAGCCCAGCGCAGAGGGGAAAUCGGUCGCAUGCAUGAGGUCGCAGCUGUUCUUCUGCAUUUCAAGGGUUACGCACACUGUGUGGACGUCUACAUCAAGCAGUGUCAGGAAGGCGCCUACAUGAGGAAUGACGUGUUUGAAGACACAGCAGCCCUCUGCCAGAGGGUCAACAAGCAGGUGGGCGAGGUCUUCAGCAGUCCAGAGACGGUCAUGGCCAAACUCAUCCAAAACAUCUUUGAGAACAAACUUCAGGCUCAUGUCAGGGAAAAACUGGACGAGACUCGACAUUCGGAUGUAGAACAGUACCUCAAGAACCUCUAUGACCUUUACACCAAGACCACAGCGCUAGCCACAAAGCUGGCCGAAUACAACCUCGGCUCAGAUAAGCACACGUUCCUGUCCAAGCUGAUAAAGAGCAUCUUCUCCUCUUACUUGGAAAGUUACAUUGACAUGGAAAGGGACUACCUUCGCAGUCGAGGUGCCAUGAUCCUACAACGAUACUAUGACUCCAAGAACCACCAGAAGCGCUCCCUUGGCGCCGGCAGUAUUCAAGAGCUAAAAGAGCGGAUCAGGCAGCGCACCAACAUUACACUGGGCCAAAGCAUCGACACCCAUGGGGAGACAUUCCUGUCCCCAGAACUGGUUGUUAACCUCUUACAGGAGACGCGUCAUGCCUUUGAGAGAUGCCACAGGCUUUCAGAUCCUUCCGAUCUACCCAAGAAUGCCUUCUCCAUCUUCCUUCUGCUGGUUGAACAUCUGUGUGUCGAACACAUCGACUAUGCCUUGGAGAUCGGCCUGAUGGGAAUUCCCUCAUCGGAUGCUAAAAAUGCCAACCUGUACUUCCUGGAUGUGGUUCAGCAAGCAAACUCUAUUUUCCAUUUGUUUGACAAGCAGUUUAAUGACCAGCUCAUGCCUCUAAUAAGCUCCUCUCCAAAACUGGCCGAGUGUUUGCAAAAGAAGAAGGAGGUGAUUGAACAGAUGGAAGUGAAACUGGACACUGGUAUCGACAGAACAUUAAACUGCAUGGUGGGCCAGAUGAAACACAUUCUGACAACAGAGCAGAAGAAAACCGAUUUCAGGCCAGAGGAUGAGAACAACGUCAUGAUCCAGUAUACUGCUGCCUGCUCCAAGGUUUGCGCCUACGUCAGCAGACAGGUGGAACACGUUCGGAAGUCCAUGGAUGGGAAAAACGUGGACACGGUGCUGACGGAACUGGGCAUUCGUUUUCACAGACUCAUCCACGAGCAUUUACAACAGUUCAGCUACAGCUCGAUGGGAGGCAUGCUGGCCAUCUGCGACGUGGCUGAAUACAGACGAUGCGCCAAGGACUUCAAGGUCCCCCUUGUGCUGCAGCUCUUUGACACGCUCCACGCCCUCUGUAACCUGCUGGUAGUUGCCCCUGACAACCUGAAGCAAGUCUGUUCAGGUGAGCAUCUGACCAAUCUGGACCGGAACCUCCUCCACGCCUUCGUCCAGCUCCGAGUGGACUACCGUUCUGCCAGACUGGGCCGACAUUUCAGUUAAUGACUCUUUAAAGACUUUCUGUACUCCGUCCAGGGAAAAAAAUAUAUAUAUUGAUGCAUCCUGAAGAUACUAAUCGCCAAUCAGUCCGUCUCCAAAAUAGAGAUCACGAUUGGAAGGCCGAUGCUCCUUGAAUGUGGGAAUUUUACCUUUUUUUUUUUCAUUACUUUUGUGAAAGGAUGAAAUCUGAGUACUUGUUGAUAUUGAAUCUCUUUUUUUUUUGUUUUUAAAUACUAAUAUCUGACAAAUUUAUGUGAUAAGUGAAUUACUUAUGUCUGUGCUUGCAUAAAAAAAUGUUUUGCUUGUGCCAAAUAUUUAAGUUCUUCAGUUGGACCUUGUGCACAGGAAUUGGCUCUGAAGCAGCUUUAAAAGGAUCGGUUUUGCUGUCAAGUCAGACAUCAACUCUGCAGUUUUCACUUCCUAUGGUGGAAACGUACUUUUUCUGAUAGAUCAGAACGUCUGACCAAACUUAAGAAGGAGCAAUGGCUGAUUCUUGUGCUCUAAAAGGGACGUUGAGGACCAGGAGCGGUUGCAUUCCCAAUCUGCUGCUUCUCCUUAUGUGCCACCUUUUUAAGGUAAAAAUAAAACUUUGCAAAGAUAAACCUGAACUCCAAAACACAGUCUCCACCUGCACCUCACACUGCAGCAGAGAAUAAAGUGUGUUGAGCUUUCAUUAGGGUGUUAAUCAUAAAUAAUCGGCAUUUCCGUUUUUAGUGGUCAAUAUAGUUCUAACUCAGGUAUGUGUUUCUAAAGCCUGCAUUUCAGUUUAAACUAACACACUGGAUGGAUCGUUUUGUACUUUUCCUAAACAUCCAAGCUCUGUUUAUCAAAAGUAAUGCAGUUGAUGUCACUUUAACAUAUAACAAAGUGGGGGUGGGGGAUUAUGGAGUUAAGAUGAAUAACAAUGUCAUAUUUAUUGCAGUAAUGGUAAAAAAAAAAUAAUGUAAAAAUUUACCACAUUCAAUAAACCCCUCAUUGCAUUUUGUCAAACCUCGCAAAUAGAAAUGCAGCUCAAAUAAAAAAAGUGUAUUAAACAGAGCGUCAUAAAGGUUACUUGAGUAGAUGAGUUAAAUUACGGUGCUGCAGUUCCACUAAACAGUUUACGGUAAUGAGAUUCAAGCCUGUUUUCAAAUAUAUUAAAACUGAAAUGUCCUCGAGAAAGAGUAGUUUAAACACCAAAAGUAACCAUCCCAAUGAAACUGUCAUUUUUACAGGUUUAUAAACCUGAAUUAGAAUUGAUGGUUAAGACAAUAAAUCAUUAAUCUUAACACAGUCUUUCUUUACCUUUACAACAAUGCAACAGUUGCUCAUCCCUACUGGCAGGUUCGUUCACAGGGCUCAACAGACAGUUAAAGCGGUCUGAGUCGACGCGUUUUAAAAAGCAUUCAUCGAUUGUCACCGAGCGAGUGGUGCUUUGCACACUGAAUGGAAAAGUGAGCCAGACUUUCCAGGUGCAUGCGCCGCGGCCGGGGAAGAGCCAAAUGACCACCUUCUCACCCCGCGGUUUCAAAGAAGGAAGUCAAGAGGAACAUCGUGGAGGCAGAGUGAGCGGAGCUAGAAACGGGCCUGAGAAUCCCUCUCUGGUGGGUUUGGGUGGUCCUCCCACGGAUCAGGGCUCAGACGAUAGGCGCGAUGGGUCACUGGGUAUACGUCUCUGUAAUUGGACAGAUCAACACUUGCUCCUUCAGCGGUGUGCAAAGUCCAAGACGUCGUUCAUCUGAUCUGCAGGGUUUCUGGGUCAGAGGAGGCUGAAAAGUUGAUCUCCGCUGAUUAGGGAAACAAACUAAACUUAAAAGGGACUUCUUCUCACACAGCUUAAUGGAAGUCCACAUUAACUGCCCUCUGCGCAAAGAAAAAGAAAGAUCGAGCUCCUGAUGCCUGACUAUUUGCUGCCCGCAUUGUACUGAUGUUUACCCUAAUUAUUGAUUCAAUAAAGAUGAAUUUUAUUAUUCAA